AGUCUAUAACCCUACAAACCCACCAACGCUCUAAAAAAUAAUACUCCGUAAUAAUAAUGCACACAAAACUCAGCCCCAUGGCUUCUCUCUCUCUUUUUAUCUUUCUCGCAUCUCUCACUGUUGGGUCCGCCGGUGAUCAAAACCCAUUGACCCAGAAGUCCUAUCUGAUUCGGUAUUGGAACAAACAGACCGGAAACAGCCACACCAAGCCAGUGUUUCUCCUAUCCAAAGCGUCCCCACUAAGCGUGGAUGAGUCAGCGAGUUUCUCCAAACUCGCCAGCAGCCACAACCACAACGCCCUCUCCUCUCGCCUCUCAGCCUUCUGUGCGUCUGCCAACCUCCUCUGCUUCGCUGAUUCUUCAUCACCAACUCACACAGACGCCAUCUGUUUAAGAUACUCCAUCAACUGCCCGCCACCCUUGGACACCGCAGACCAGAGAUCCCAUACCACCGGUAUUUUCUUCCGGGAGUCGAUGUUAAAGAAAGGGACGGUGAUGCCAAUGUGGGACAUUAAAGAUAAAUUGCCAGAAAGGUCCUUUUUGCCGCGCUCCGUUUCGUCCAAACUGCCGUUUUCUACUUCCAAAAUCUCCGAGCUGAAGCGGGUUUUUCAUGCGGGUGAUAAGUCCACCAUGGAGACUAUGAUAGUUGAGACCUUGACUGAUUGCGAGAAAGCUCCUGGCCUAGGCGAGACCAAGCGGUGCGUGUCCUCAGCUGAGGACAUGAUCGACUUUGCAAUCUCGGUCUUGGGUAGUCGAAACGUUGCCAUUCGAACAACCAAGAAUGCAAACGGGUCAAAGCAGAGUAUAAUGAUCGGGUCAGUCAAAGGGAUCAACGGUGGGAAAGUCAUGCAGCAAUCACUGUCUUGUCAUCAGAGCUUGUUUCCGUACCUAGUAUAUUACUGCCAUUCGGUUCCAAAAGUUCGGGUCUACGAAGCGGAUAUAUUGGAUCCGAAUUCGAAGGCUGAGAUCAAUCAUGGUGUUGCCGUUUGUCACUUGAACACCUCGAGUUGGGACCCGAAUCAUGAAGCUUUCUUGGAGCUAGGGUCAGGUCCGGGUCGGAUCGAGGUUUGCCAUUGGAUUUUCGAGAAUGAUCUGACCUGGACAGUUGCUGACUAACCGUUAGCACACCAAGGUGGAACAUCCUCGCUAGAGCUUCACUAGAGGAUUGUAGGUCUUGAUUCGACACAUAUAUGUAUCAUGAAGCUAAUAAAUGUGUUGAUAGUUUGUGUAUUUUAAACUUGCCCUUCAUCUAAUAUUUUGUGUAUUUAUGGGAAGUCUAAGGAUUAAUUAUUCCUAGACUAGUUUAAUUA